AAAGUAGUGUAAAAGUGGACUUAGUCUUUCUUUGUUGUUGAAAGGUUGAAAGCUUGCUUCUUUCUUUGUGCUUCGGCGGUGUGUAUUGGCCAUAGGAGUCGAGCACUUACAACUUACAACCACGAUGGAGGCAAAGCAAAGCGCUGUGGAAGAUAAGGCAAAGGAAAGCAACACUGAAGGUGCUAAGGAGGAGGAGCACCAUUUCGAUCAGCCUCCUCUGACGAGAGCUACCGGUAUGCAUAAUGAGGAGGAGCACCAUGUCGAUCAGCCCCCGCGGAACGAGAGCCAUCGUCUGACAGUGGCAAUUCGUGGUGAAGCAAAGAACCAGAACCACGAAGUAAAGGACACCAAUGAUGAGACAUCUGACCACCAUGGCAACGAGUCAAGACUCGAGUACUACUCCGAUCAGAGGGAAAGGAUAGUACGCCAUGUUCUAGGUGAGGAUGUUGAAGAUGAUUCAAGUUUUCAUGGAACUGUUGAAAAAAGUUUGGUUGGAGAAGGAAGAAAAGAAGGAGCCAAAAACGAGUUUCAACGGGUAUUGGUGGCCAACGAACGGCAACAGCCAGAAGAUGACUCAGGAGGCUACGCUCAAGGGCAGCAACGUCGACUCUCACAAGUUGGAGCCUUUGCAGUGGGAGGAGUCGGUGAGGGAGAAGAAACAAGUGGUGCAAGGAACAACCACAGUGACGAUAACAACAAUGAAGCAGUCAUCGACGGAGCUGUUCUUGUUAGCAAUGCUAUGUGUCUUGCAGAUCAAACAGUCUUGAUGGAAGAAGGGACAAACCAUAUUGGCAACAAACAAGAAGUGAUUGAAGGAACAAUCAUGCACAGCAGUGAUGGGCAAAGAAGAAAUGUUUAUCCCUGGUUAGGUGUGGCAUUCCUGGUUGUGACUGGUAUGGUGGUUUUUCUUGCCUUGUACCUUCCUUCGAGUUCCAACUCAUCGAGUGGUGGUAGGAAUAAGAGUCAGACUGUGCACAACGCUGCCAAUAACUCUCUCAUCAUCUAUCCACCCUUUCAGGAUGAUUUGCCCACAACCACUCUCAAGGCAAUCCUCAACACAUCCACCCACGAGUAUCUUGCCAAUGCCUGGAUGUGGAAUGACCCUAAUUUUGCCAGCUACUCUCAUGAAAGGCAACUUCAAAGGUUUGACUUGGUAUUCUUUUUCUAUCUCACCGAUGGUCCUGGAUGGUUCCGAAAUGAUCACUGGCUCAGCUAUGAUAGGAAUGAAUGUGACUGGUUCACACAGGCUCAAAAUGAGAGCAUCAUGCACUAUGACAAUUAUCCUGUUUGUGACCAGAACAACACUCUCCGCAUUCUCAACCUAAACUCCAACAAUCUACAGGGAACCCUUCCAGUAGUGAAUAGAUUCCUGGAAAAUAUGUUGACAUUUGAUAUUGGGAACAACCAAUUGCACGGUGCUGUGCCAACAGGAGCUGCUGCAGCUAACGAAGUCCUGGAGGUGUUCAUUGUAUCCAACAACCACUUUGAAGGACAGCUACUAUCUAGUGGUGGCUUCAGACCUUUGGGGAUUCGGGUGGUCAAGUUGGAUGACAACUUCCUUCUUGGAUACAACGAUCCGCUUUUCUUGUUUCUAAACAACUUGGAAAUCCUGGAUGUUUCAGGAAACCUCUUUGGUCGCUUUGGCAGCAAAAUUCUUGAAACAAUUCGAAGCCCCAGCCUCCGCUACUUUGGAAGUACAGAGAAUUUGUACACUGGAACCAUCCCAACAGCACUGGGAUUUCUCCCAGCUUUGGAAACAGUUGAUGUCCGUGGCAAUGCUGGUUUGUUUGGUUCGAUACCCACAGAGCUUGGUGAGUUGACCAACCUGGCUCUAUUGGAUGUGUCCUAUACAAACAUUUCUGGACCAGUUCCUACCAAGCUCUGUGAACGAGUUGAAACUGGCUUGCUGGAGAUUCGGGCCAACUGCAGCCUUGUGGUCUGCUGCUCUGUGAACUCCACCCUACCCAAUAGAUCCUAGAAUUUACUCGCUGGGCCAAGUAACGCAGGUGUGGCAGGUCAGAUUCCAACGGAAUUUGGUAACCUGAUGAAUCUAGCCUUGCUGGAUCUUUCAGGUACAAAUGUAUCUGGGCCAGUACCUGCCAAGCUGUGUGAGAGAGUACAAAUGGGCCUAUUGCAGAUUCAUGCUAACUGCAGCCUGAUGGACUGCUGCUAGCUAUAGCGCUGGUUUGAAAUGCCACCGAACGGAGGUUGACAUGUUUGCUCUUUCAGAACUUAGUUUUCUGCUUACAAGGGAUAAAACCUGACCUUGAAUCACUCAUUCUUCUCUCGAGUGUCGGCAACGAAACAGAAACGUGCAUCCAGGAUAGACUAGUCUAGUCUAGACGUGUUGUUCAUAUGCAGCAAUGCCCAGAAGAAGAAACAGUCUACUACUAGCUAGUACAGCAGCAUCUUCUGACAAACACAACCUUUCGGCCUAUCUAUGUUUCAAUCCUUUAUUUGAUUGCCAACAGCUCGACGUCGAAGUACAGAGUAGCCCCUCCGGGAAUGAUGCCUCCAGCACCUCGGUCGCCAUACCCAAGUCUUGAGGGGAUCACCAGUUGACGUCUCUCGCCUACUGACAUGGUAGAAAAUGCUGGAGAGUUUACAGAGAAAUUCGAUGAGAAAACAGUGACGACCAAAAGAAGCGAUUCAGUGAUCGGUUGCCAACAAGUGAAUAAAUGCAGUCAAAGAUUACACUAGCUAGUGUUUGUUGAGCACUCACCUUCAUCCCAUCCUCGAAUGACUUGUCCUGCUCCGACACGAAAGCUAAAGGGACGACCCCGAUCUCGAGAGGAAUCAAACUUUUUGAUGGAAUUAAAUUCAUCCAGCCAUCCAGUAUAGUGGGCCUGCACGGUUGCGCCCGCUGGAGGCACACUGCCGUUGCCUUCUUUGGUCACCUUGUACUUGAGGCCAGAUUCCGUCGUCACAAAGUCCUUGAAGGGAUCUUCAUCGUCGGCCACAGCAGGAAUUGGAUUGGAUGCAAUCGUUGCGACAACGGUGGCUCCAGCUAUUUGGCCAAAGGCACGACGGUCCACAGAAGGCGGAGAAGUCUUCAUCGACAUGGAAAAUGAUGACACCCGAUUCGCCAACAUCAGAGCGGCGGCAACGAAAGCGAUAAACUUGAACAUCUUGAAAUCCUUUCCUUGCUUUAACGAAGACUUGCAGCAGUGGGCUCUUUUUCUCGUCUCUUCGCAAUGUGAUGGCGAUAAAUGUGAUGGUUGGGGUCUUGUGAGGCUAUGAAGGUGGUUGGUUGGUUGCCUGGGUCGACAUCGAUCAAUCGAUCAAGCAGUUGAUGUGCAAGCUCCGAGCGGGAAGAGAGCAAGAGGUGACAGGAGGGUACGUACUUCAAAAAGAUACGGCAAGAUAUUCAUUAGGGAUCAGGUAUUGACAACCAAACCUCCGCGUUUCCAAUGAAUCAUGGGUGUAUGCAAUGGGCAAUGCGA